AUGACUGUAUCCGAUAUGCCAUACAAAUUUUACCCAAACAAAAGUGCAACCAUCAUUUCAGCCCCAUUUUCUGGUGGUCAAGACAAGCCUGGUGUUGAACAUGGUCCCUCCCAUCUACUAGCUGCAAAUCUACAAUCUGAAUUGGAAUCCCUAGGCUGGGACAUUUCCUUAGAUGAUCCAUUAAAGAACUUUGACUACCAAGAAUAUUCCAAAAUCAAGGACGUUUACAAAAACUGCAAAAAACCAAAAUUAGUCUCCGAUGCAACCAACAAAAUCUACAACUCUGUUAAAAAUGCUGCCUUAUCAAACAAUUUUCCAAUAACUAUAGGCGGUGAUCACUCUAUUGCCAUUGGCACUGUUGCUGGUGUUUUCCACAAAUACCCUGAUUCAUGUUUGCUUUGGAUCGAUGCUCAUGCUGAUAUCAAUACUCCCUUAACAACAUCAUCUGGCAAUUUGCAUGGCUGUCCAAUCUCGUUUCUUAUGGGCUUGGACUCUCAUUCUUAUCCUCCCCAUUUAAAAUGGAUCCCCAAGUGCUUGAGCCCAGGCAGAAUCGCUUAUAUUGGUCUAAGAGACGUUGAUGAUGGCGAGAAAAAAAUCCUUAGAGAAUUGAAUAUCGCUGCUUACUCAAUGUACCACGUCGAUAAAUAUGGUAUUAACAACGUCGUUCAAAUGGCUUUGAGAAAAAUCAACCCUCACAAUGACAGACCAAUUCACUUAUCCUACGAUGUUGAUGCAAUUGAUCCCUUGUAUGUUCCUGCAACUGGAACUCCUGUGAGAGGUGGUUUGACUCUAAGAGAAGGUUUGUUUAUCGCUGAAGCUGUUGCUGAGACUGGUAAUCUAGCUGCUCUCGAUAUCGUUGAGGUUAAUCCUUCGUUGGCCAGAAAUGACGUGAAUGUAAUUGACACAGUUGGUGCUGGUUUAGCUAUUGCUAAAUGUGCUUUUGGUGACACUAUCGUCUAA